AUGCACCCUGCGGGCCCACAGCUCCGCCCGCGGCUGGUCGGGCCGCUGCUCGCUGCCUCGGCGCUGCUGCUCCUCGUCCUCUACUACUGCCACAGCUCCGCGUGGCGCGACCCGGCGCUGCAGGUGGAGGAAGUGGCGGGGACGGAGGCUGAGGCUGUGGCGCUGGCGGAGCCUCCAGAGGUGGCGACGGCGGCCGGCUGGCCCAACAGCACCUGUGGGGAGGGCGCCACGGCCCGCGGACCCGGGCAGCGGGUGGUCGCCUUCAGCUACUACGGCGACGUCAACAACACCAGGGGCUACUUCACGGGCAUCGAGCGCAACGCGGCCGCCAUCGGGGGCCUGUACCCUGGCUGGACGAUGCGCGUCUACCACGACGUGCCCCCUGGAGACCGCUUCGCAGCCUCCAGGGAGCUGGACCGGCUCUCCAGGGAGUUCCCGCACUUGGACCUCUGCUACGUGGGGGACGUCCCGGGCUACGGGGACCUCAGAGGUCGGCAGCAGAACGCGUGGCGCUUCCUGGCUAUGGCUGACCCUCUGGUGGACGUGUUCAUCUCCAGGGACCUGGACGCCCUGCCGUUGGAGCGAGAGGCUGGGGCCGUCAGGGAGUGGCUGGAGUCCAACGCGACGUUCCACGUGAUGCGCGACCACACGGCUCACAACGUCCCCAUCCUGGCCGGCAUGUGGGGAGCGCGCCCGGAGCUGAAGAGGGAGGCGCUGCAGGCGCUGGCAGAGGCCAUCACUGGGAAGCCCAAGGGCAAGAAGGGCCAGGACCAGUGGCUGCUCGCCAAGCACGUCUGGCCCGCCAUCAGAGGUGACGUGUGCCAGCACGACGCCUUCUACUGCCAGAAGUACCGCAGCCACGGCCACAUGCGGGCCUUCCCGACGCCCCGCAACCACACGGCCGUCUACAACUUCGUGGGCAACCGCUUCGGGGUCGACACGCAGCCGCUGCUCAAGGAGUGCCCGCCACAGUGCCGACCUGCCGACCACCAGGACUGGCUCUACUGCUGAGGUGGCUGGCCCCGCAUGUUGCACGCCGGGGAGCGCCCGUACCACCGUAAGGAGCCGUUUGGUAGUGGGAGGGUCGCCUCUCCAGCCCAGGUGUAGCCACUGGAGCCCAAUGGCGUGGCUCCUCUGGGGGUUUCUGUCCACAAGAACGUAGAAUAAUCGACUGUGGUGACAAUGAGCAAUCCUACCUACCUUACUACUACACUCGUUUUGGCAUCCAGUACACUCCAUCUGUCCCAACUGCUCCAACCCAUUUUGCAUAAAGAGACUGGAUUGCUAUUCUAUACCUGCAUUUGAUCCAAGAAUGUCUCAGAAUGGAAAGCCUUUUAUUCCCUUCCAUAUCAACAAACUCCUUUUCCAGAUUUAUCGAUACAAUAAAUGUGUCGUUGUUUUUCGUAAAUCUGCUCUCUAUUACGAGGGUCUCCUUUUAAUCCUUUACAAUAAAAAUGAAAUAAAAAUUAACGCUUUCCACCAAAAUAAAUGUUUGCUUCUCAAAAUAAAUUCCUCUAAAAUUUGUAAAUUUUUGCACGAAUUCAGACCAAUUACGGAAGCUACGAUUCUACACCUAAAAGUUUCGUUUGAGAAGGAAAUCCUUUUUAUUGAUGAAAAUACUGUCCUUGCGUGUUAUUUUUGUGGUAAGAGUACAAAGGAAUUGGCUGGGGCAAUGAUACAUUAACUUGUAACACAAUGGACGUUGUGUCACCUCAAUAGAUGCUGCCUCACUCCUCCUUACCUCAAGUAUUUAAUUAUAAACUUCCUUCUGCACAUAAUUUUUAGGAACAGGACAAUGAAAGGUUCAGAUGAUAAGUUACUGCUAGAUCACUGACUGUACGAUUUAUUACCACAGAUAUCAUUCGUUUCAAGACAGACUAACUACAUUCAGUCUUAGAGGCAUCCCAUGGGCCACAGUGCUACAUUAAUCAUGUGACACGGUUUAUAAGAACACGGCACAAACAGUUAGUCCAAAUACGUUGGCAACCACAGUCGACCAAUGCCAGCUCACUUGCUGCUGCUGCAGUACUACGACAAAUGCGUGCACGCAGCAGCAUUCACAAUUUGUAAAACUGUUGUCUGAAGACAAAAAUUUCUCUUAAAUUUUGGACACGGCUAAGGUAGCAUCAAUAUAACACAUUCUGAGCCAUAAUGCUAAUCAAUAAACUUACAAAAAGAUCACAAAACACAACAAACAUUCUGCUGUUGGAGAGCAUAGGAUCCUCACCCAUCCCUGGAUCUCAAAAACUAAACUUCAUCUAGAAAUUUAUGGCAACAUAAACUUUCAAUGAGAAAUUAACUAGAAAAGAAGGGCCCAAGCAGAUACAAAAGACACCUAGCUGUGUACUAGAUUAUGCUAAAUUACAUUGACACUGAUUAUAUGGACUUGACAGAUGUGACUAAAUGAAAACAUAACUUCAAACAACAAGUACAAAAUGCUGUCAAAGGAAAAUAUCUAAAAUAUUAUGUUCAAGAAAAUGUAAAUGAAAAUAACAAAAAAUUCAAUUAUUUACAGAAUUUAACCAUCAUAUGGAAUUGCAGCAAUUAACGUGAUGGUAACCGCUAACUAAUGGGCACAUCUUAGUGUAAAACUGUUUCAUUGUCUGUCCGCAAAAACAAAUGCAUGUU